AUGGCGUAUCGUCACGAGGCGCCGUAUCGGCCUCAAGAUCGCAAUGAGGUCUCGGAUAUGCUCCGCGGCCUCGAUGCAAACAAAGGCAAGGGCAAGGGUAAAGGCGGCUUCUCAUGCAAGAAGAGCACCUUCAAUGUCGACGGCUCUGAUAUCAAAGUCGACUCGUGGAAGAUGCAAGACUGGGAUUACAAGAAGCCGAACCUGCCAACAUACGCUCGAGGUCUUUUCACAUACACCACCAGCAAAGGACAUCCGGAAAUCGCCAUUCGCGGAUACGACAAAUUCUUCAAUCACGGUGAAGUGCGCGAGACGGAAUGGGAUAACGUCGAGCAGAACACACGUGGGCCAUAUGAGCUCAGCGUGAAAGAAAACGGCUGUAUUAUCUUCAUGAGCGGACUCGAGGACGGCACAUUACUCGUCUGCAGCAAACACUCGACUGGAUCUCGUGGCGAUACGGAGCAGAGCCAUGCUAAAGUCGGUGAGGAGUGGGUGGACAAGCAUCUGGCUUCUGUGAGAAAGACGAGGCAGCUGUUGGCAGUCAAGUUACGGGAGAUGAAUGCCACAGCCGUGGCAGAACUGUGCGACGAUGAGUUCGAGGAGCACGUGCUGGAGUAUCGUCCAGAGGCCGCUGGUCUUUAUCUCCACGGCAUCAACCUCAACUUACCAGAGUUCGCCACCUACCCACAUGAUCUUGUCGACCAGUUUGCCGAUGAAUGGGGCUUCAAGAAGACCAUGUAUGUCAUCAAGGAUGAUCUCCAGGAUGUCAAGCAGUUCCUCGACAAGAUCGCAGAAACUGGGAACUACGCUGGACGCGACACAGAAGGCUUCGUCAUCCGAUGCCAAUCCAAGGCCAAUACGAAUGUGUGGCACGACUGGUUUUUCAAGUACAAGUUUGAGGAGCCCUACUUGAUGUACCGUCAAUGGCGUGAGUGCACCAAAGCAGUCAUCGCAGGGCGGCAGCCUAAGUACAAGAAGCACAAGAAGAUUACCGAAGAAUAUAUCGUCUUCGCCCGCAAGAAGCUCCAUGGCCAUCCAGAUCUGGCCAGGGCAUAUAACCAGAACCAUGGUAUCAUCAAGAUGCGCGACGAAUUCCUCGCCUCCAUCGGCUUGAAAGGCUCGGAUAUUAUUCGACAGGAGGAAGCUGAGGGCGAAGUCUCGAACGACCAGGUCACAAGAGAUGUGGUCUUGGUGCCUGUUGCGACUAUUGGCUGUGGAAAAACGACUGUUGCUCUUGCCCUGUGCAAACUCUUCAACUGGGGACACGUCCAGAAUGACAACAUUACCGUGAAGAAAGGCAAGCCACAAGCAUUUGCAAAUGAGUGUUGCAGCGCGUUGGCCGAAUACUCCACCACGGUUGCAGACCGCAACAACCACCAACGUCGUGAGCGACAGCAACUCAUCAACGACGUCUCGAGGGUGGUGCCCAGUGCACGCUUUGUGGCGCUCCACUUCGUUCACGAUCGUCACAACUACGACAACAUUCGCGCCGCUCUCCGAGACCGAGUAAUCAAUCGAGGCGACAACCACCAAACCAUUCACACCAGCAAAGGCGCUGACGAGAUCAUUGGCAUCAUGGAAGGCUUCAUGCAGCGUUUCGAGCCCGUCAACCCAGAAGCUCCUCCGGACGAUGGGUUUGACACUGUCAUUGACGUCGACCCGACUUCUUCGUCGCGGCAAAACCUCGAAACCGUGGUCAGUCGGCUCUACAUUGAGUAUCCUCAGCUCUUUGGAGAUCACGAAAUGCCCACCGCCGAUGACAUGGAUGCUGCUAUCGAUGCUGCGAUGAAGGACUACCAAGUCGACAUCAAACAUGAGAUCAAGAGCCGUGACGACCGAAACCGAGGCAACAAGCAGCAAAAUGGACCGAAGGCCCAAGCAAACGGAUCAGCCAAGCCCAAGCAGCGCAACGUUGAAUUCUUCGCUGUUGAAUUGCCGGCGACACGUGUGUCUGGGAUUCUCGAGGCCCUGUUUAGCGAGGCACCGGCCGAUGUGGCGAAGAUGUACAACACCUUGAAGCAUCAGCGACGCAUUCAGGCUGCAUUCCAUGUCACCCUCAUCCAUCGUGCCAUGUCAGGCCAGCAUCCGGAGCACUGGUCUUGGCUGUCCGACCUGCACAACCAAGCUUGUGGCCCCACAGCAGAGCGCGCCUACACGAUGCCAGAUCCCCGACUGGGUGCUUGCAAGGUCCGACUGGAGCGCGUGGUCUGGGACGAUCGCAUCAUGGCUAUUGUUGUCCGUCUGAGUCCGCUGGGUGGUAGCAAUGAGCAGUUCAGCACGGUCAACAACACCGCCCACAUCACGGUAGGAACAGCAUCUCCGGAUGUGAAGCCCAAGGAGUCGAACGAGCUGCUGGCGCGCUGGCUGCAGGAGGGCAGUGGGCCCAACGGCAUUCACGAGAUGUCUGUCAAGGGGAACGUGGAAUUGGAAGGCACGGUCAAGGCUACACUGUCGAGGUAG